UAUUGUAAAUACGAGAUUAGAUCUGUGUGUGACUUUAAAAUGUUACAUUGAAGACAAUGUUGAAUAACGGACUUUAACUAGAGGCAAUAUUAUGCCAUACCGAAAGUUCCAUUAAAAGAAAAUCAACUCGCCAAUAAGAACAUCAAAGUGUAAGGAACUUUCAAAAGAAAUUUUAUAAAGGCUAGAUCAAUGGAUCGAUAAAGGACAAUUAAAAUGCCUAUACAAUUAUCAUAAUAAAGUUAACCUCUUUACAACUACAUGUACAUGAAAGUUUGCUACAUGCAUGGACAUUAUACAACUAAUUUUCAUGGAAAUAUCCCCUGAACAGGAUGUUGUAAAUGUUGAGUGGAAACAGUUGCACGUGAUCGCGUGAAGAUGGGCGGGAAUACACGGGAAGAUUCGGAUGAGGACUCAAAACCUCCGAACGUGGACAGGGGAUUUGCUUGGGUCAUCUUAGUAGGAUGUUUUAUCAUGUACUUAUUUGUGGUGGGAAGCAUCAAAGCAUAUGGAGUUUUAUAUACAGAGAUGGUCGAGUAUUUCGACUCGGGCUCGGGAAAUACAGCAUGGAUUGGCAGCGUUUGUUCCUUGCUCAUGUUGGGCCUUGGUCCAUUUGCCAACUUGCUGAGUAGGAAAUUUUCCUUUCGGAAAGUUUGCUUUGUUGGCGGAAUUUUCCUCGGUUUAGGAUUUUUCUUAUCCGGGUUUGUACCGAGAAUGGAGUAUAUGUACAUAACAUUUGGAGUUGUCGCUGGUAUCGGAUAUGGCUUGUGCUUUUCACCUUGCUCAACAAUCAUCAGUUUUUACUUUGACAAACAUCGAGCACUUGCUAACGGUAUAACUGUAUCAGCGAGUGGUAUUGGAGCUUUGUCAUUCCCGUUUCUUUAUAAAUAUCUUAUUGAAGAGUACACUCUAAAGAAAGCUUUAUGGAUUGUUGGAGCUAUCUUGGCAAACGUGUGUGUGGCAGCGUGUAUACUACGGCAGCCGAGACUUCUUGUGAUAGAAAAAAGACGAAAAAAGGCAGCAGAAAAGAGAAAAAGUGACCAAAAAGCACUGCUUAAUGGUGAUAGCGCGUUCAUGCAUAAUGAAGAAACUAAAGAACAAGAAAAGAAAUCGUGUAAUUGCGGAGGAUUAGAUCUGAGAUUUUCAUUAUUCAAAAAUCCAUUAUUUACAAUGUACGCCAUUGCGUUUACAUUUUGCAUGAACGGGUAUGGAAACAACAUCAUUCUUAUUCCAUCGCACGUGAAAGCGCUAGGUUAUGACAAAACAUAUGUGGCGCUUAGCGUAACCAUUCUAGGCGGCUGUGAAGUUAUUGCAAGAAUAUUCUUUGGAUGGUUCGCUGAUUUAGAAAUCAUCAAGAGAAAGAACAUUUUCUUAAUUAGUAUGUUUGUAAGUGCAAUUUUUGCGUUCAUCGCACCAUUUUUUGACAGUUUUAUCUUUAUGGCCAUAUACGCUGCAAUAGUUGGGAUAUUUCCUGGUUCUUUCUGGAGUUUAAUCUCAGUACUGGUGAUAGAUGUGGUUGGAUUGGAAAAUUUCACGUCGGCAUUUGGUCUCAUCUCAUUAUGCCUUGCGUUAGGAGCGUCCAUCAGUCAGCCUAUAAUAGGAUGGUUGCAAGACAUUUACGGAAAUUGGAAUCCAUCUUUCAUUGUGACUGGAUGUCUAUUUUUACUCGCUGGCAUUACUGUUUCAUUGCAACCAAUCAUAAAACGAUGUUGCAUGAAGCCCGAAUCUGAUCAAGAGUAUCUCGAUAUGCUGGGUAAUGUCCCUUUGCGGCAUGCGCCGAAGAAACUUCCGCCGGUAGCAGACGAUAAUGAUUCUCUGUUGGACGAAGAAGUUGACAUUAGCUUUACAUCUCAUAGAAUAAGCAAAAUAUACAGGCCAUAUAAGCCAGAAUCUCCACCACAAAGUCCCCUAGAUACAUCCGCACCUAUUGCGGAUCCAAGCGAAGUGUAGUAUAUUAGUGAAGGUGUAAUAUAUUUAUUAUUUAUGUGUGAAUGUUGCUUUGCCCUGCUGUUGUUUUCAUUUUGUGCUAUUUUUGCAAUAAUUACAUUAUAGAGUAAAUCUAUACCAGAAAAUUGUAGACUCUUUACACUCCCUUGACUGUGGCUUUUUAUUCACAUUUUAUAACCGAUAUUUACAUUUAAAGCUCCAUAAGGUUUUUUACUUCAUGUUAAAUGUGCGAUUUUAACGGUUAGACAAACACUACUUUCAAUAUAACACAUGAAUUUAUAUAGUCAUUGCUAUAAAGAAAGUUAAUCAAAACAAUUGAUGCUUUCUACUAUGUUAAUCAAAUAUUCAAACCGUUUGCAAAUACAUUAGAAAAUGAUUCUCGAUAAUAGCAUUUAUACUGAAAGGAUAUUUUAUGUUUGUAACAAAAAUGUGGCAGCCAAUCAUAAACAUUUGCACUGCGA